CAACAAAAUUACAACGUUAAUAAUUAUGUCAUUUAAUGUUUUCACAACACCGACAGUGGGAACUACAACAACAACGGCUGGUAUCAAUAACGCCACUAUUACACGAAUUAACUGCAAAGACAUUUAUGAUUUACUAGAGCGUCUAUGCAAAAGUUUUGUAGGCGCCAGAAAUAAUUGCAGGGAUAUUUUACGUCAUGUAACACAGUAUAUAUCUAAUUGCCCUUCUGCGUUGGGAUCAACAUUGCCCUACGAUGAAGUAUCGUUAGUAGCAAGAAUUGCUCAACAUCUCAACACUACACAGUCGACGUCAAUAGUGACGGCCUCUGUACUGUUAACGACAAAUCCUGAGAAUGCGUUAUCCCAAUCUAGAACAACGCUAUUUUUAAACUUACACGAACAAUUAAAAGCAAGUCAAUUGGAUUCACAUCAACGCUGUGGCCUAUUAACAUUUCUUUAUUAUAUGGCCGAUGCGAAGUAUUCCAGUGAAAAUGGUCACAAUAUUAAUUGCGGCAUAACCGGUACAAUAAGAAAUCAGAAUCAUUUGAGUUAUAAACCGAACGCUUCAUUGCCGCCGAACAAUGCAAUGCAGCUUUUGAAGCCACAUACAUUGCACAAAGCCUCACCUAUUAGUAAUACAAAUGUUGCUGCACCCCAUUUGUCUUUAGUCGGCGCAACAUGCGCUUCCAACAUAUACAAUACAUCUGCCGAUGUAAAUCAUAAAAUUUCCCUAUUGCGCCAGAAAAAUAGUGCUUCUAAGAGUAGCUGUUACACCGAAAGCGAGAGUAGCAUAUUGCCAGCUAAUAUAAACAAUCAUAUAACACCGUUGCGGUCGGGACCAGACAUGUACAAGAUAUUAGAAGCUCAAAAUAAUCUUAAUGAUGACAUUGUUCAAAAUGUUAUUUAUGCAUUUACUGGUAUACAUGGCAAAUAUUUGAAAAAGGACAUAAUAUCGGGUAAAUUCAAAUUGGAGAUUAAAGCCAAGACAUUAAAUGUAGUACAAGCUGGUAUGUUACUCCGUUUAGCCGAGUUGGGCUAUUAUCACGACCUGGUGCAAUCGUACACAGAUAGUAAAAGUGGUCGCUGUGCUUUGGGAUUAAUGGGGCAAGGUUUCGUUUCGGCUUUGAAAAAUGAACUGACCAAAUAUUAUGGCAUGGUAGCUAUGCUUCAAGAGCAAUUGAACAAACAGAGGCAAACCGAAAUGUUUAGCUAUUAUAGUCAUACCAAACCGGAAAGAUUAUCUUUAAUGAAAAUUUUGGUAUGGUCAGUAGAUCCAUUGCAAAGGCUGCAACUGCUCGCGAAUAUUGCUGAAGCGUGUCAGGAAAAAAAAGGUGGGGCAUUAGCUUCCACAGUGCACGGGUUUUUAAAUAAUGGCAAUCCGAUGGUAAGAAAUGUUGCCAAGGAAUUAUUGCUGGCAAUUUGUGGCCCGCUGUAUCAAAUGCUCACCAAGUGGCUAUUAGAAGGUGAAAUUUGUGAUCCGCAUGGUGAAUUCUUUAUUGAAUGUUUGGUGGAAGUUGGUCCGGAUCGUUUAUGGUAUGAUAAAUAUCGUGUACGCUCAACAAUGUUACCAAAUUUUGUUACCACCGAUUUGGCCCACAAAAUUUUAGUGACCGGUAAAAGUAUUAAUUUUCUUUGCGAAAUUUGCCAAGACAAGCAACCGAUUAGGGGUCGUGAUGAACUAAGGCACUGCAUUGAAGAAAACGCCGAACAUAUAUUUUCGUGUGUAGCUGAUACUAAACUGCAUUCAACUAUAGAUUCCAUAUAUUUCAAUACUUCCAAGCAUGUGCUAGAUAUUGUUAUGGGACCCCACAAGCUUCUAGAACAUUUGCAAGCCAUGCGCCGUUACCUUUUGUUGGGUCAAGGCGAUUUUAUCGGAAUUUUAAUGGAAAAUUUAAAAUCGGAGCUCGAUAAACCCGCCAAAGAACUUUAUUCGUACGAUCUUUCUUCCAUAAUGGAUGCUGCAAUCCGCUCGACCAACGCACAAUAUGAUGAUCCGGAAAUAUUAAAUCAUCUUGACGUUAGAUUAAUGUCACCCUGUGACGGUGAUGUCGGUUGGGAUAUUUUAUCGUUACAAUAUACGCUGCGGGGACCGUUAGCGACAAUGCUUGAACCAUCAAUGAGCAUAUAUCAGAUAUUAUUUAAGCCUUUGUGGCGUAUGAAGCACAUGGAAUUCGUAUUAUCAUCAAAAAUAUGGAAAGAUCAAAAAUGUAAUGCAAAGCCGUUACGAUGUAUGGCCGCGCAAUUACAAAAAGUUUUGUAUCGAUUACAUCUUUUCACAUCCGAAAUGAUACAUUUCAUUCACCAAAUGCAAUACUAUAUACUCUUUGAGGUAAUUGAAUGCUCGUGGGCUCAAUUGCAAGAAAAGGUGCAACAAGCAAAAGCACUUGAUGAUAUAUUAAACGCUCACGAUGAAUUUUUAAAUGGCAUCAAAUGUGGUGCCUUCCUCGAUUCAAAUUCAGGUGAAUUAUGUCGAACUAUGGAAACUGUUUAUGAAGGCAUUAUACGUUUAGAGGUUUGGCAAGAUAAAUUUUACGAGUUAUGUUUUCGCGAAUUGACGGCACGUAAGAAAUACGAGGAUGAGGUACGAAAAUCUGAGAAACUUGGUAAAUAUGGUGUGACAACUGAAAAAAAAUUUGAGCGAGAUCAGGAAUUUAAGAUAUUUGAACAAACAUUGGUUAGUUAUCAUAAGACUUUGGAGAAUAUCGGAGGUGAUUAUGAGAAAGCUGUUAGAUGUUUUCUGCUGGCUCUCAAUUCAAAUAAUGAUCAUAAUCUGCAACUCUUUGGCAUACGAUUAGAUUUCAAUGAAUAUUAUAAAAAGCGAGAUCAACGAUUGGGUGUGCCAUUAACUUUCGAACAUAUGCGGAUGAGCAAUGUGUACUUUAACAAUAAUAAAAGUCUAUUGGGUAGCCGGGUUUCAAGUAUAAAUUGACACCGUAUUCCCCAUAUAAGUUCUGUCAAUGCACAUACCGUUUUGCCUUUGCCAAUCUCGGAGCAAUGCUGUUGUUUGUUAUGCUCGUCAAACGAUAAAACGCCAAUGCUUAAGGGCAUUUCACAUUGCCGUUGCCAUAAGUUUUGUGCCAAUAAUUUUAAGAGAAAUCUAUCAACUGUUGCUACUACCUAUACCGUGAGAUCGACAAGCGGAAACUCAAAAUGUCCGCUAAUUUUGAAUGCUGAAUAUGAUAAGGAUUUGAUAUUAGUGUCUUGUUGUGGUAUAUUAUAAGCAAAAAAAAAAAAAAGAAAAAAAAGGAAAAACAAAGAAAAAAGGCAAGAAGAUAUUUGGGAUUUUAGGUAUUCUUAAAAUAUUAUUUCCUAUUCCCUUUAUAAUUAUGUUGAGUUUUUCGAAUGCGAAUUAUUGUUUCAUCUAACGUCUAACGAUGCUCUUUGUCCAUUCUCAUACAUCGCUUUAAAUUAGAACAAAAUUUGGCGUUUUGCGGGAAAUUCUGAUAUUAAAUGGAAAAAACUUGCAUGAAUCUUAAAGAGAAAAAAAAAUAAGCGAAAAGGAAAUGUACAAUGAAA